AUGAUAUCGAUCUCCCAUCACUUACGGUUGAUACAAAAGCUGGCUGCUUCGCCUGCUCCACAUGAGCCCUCAGCUCCGGGCCCAGAUACCAAUGGUGCUCGCGUAGCAUCCACCCCGUCAUCGCAAGAACAGGAUGACAGAAAGUACGAUCCUAUGACACUUGAUGGAAUACCUCUUGGAGGACCACCGCAACCACCAUCUCCGCCACCACCGCCUCCUCCCCCUCCUCCUCCCCCUCCUCAUCCUCAUCCUCCGCAUCCUCACGCUCACCCCAAACCACCAGUUCCUCAUCCUCAUCCCGCUCCUCAUCCCCAUCCCCAUCCCCACCCCCAUCAAAAUCAUGAUCAAUUUGGCAUCUCCUACUCCCCCUACAAGGCAGACCGUUCCUGCAAGAACCAGGAAGAAGUAAACCACGACCUAGACAGACUUUCGCAAUACUCGUUCAUUCGAAUUUACGGCACCGACUGCGAUCAAACCAAGACAGUAGCCAAUGCCGCACGACGACACAACAUGCGUGUCUUUGCUGGAGUUUAUGAUCUCACUGGCUUCCCUGGCAGCUUGAGCGCCAUCAGUGACGUCGCCAAAGGUCCAGACGGCAAACCUGACUGGUCUAUCUUCCACACCAUAGCAAUUGGAAACGAGCUGGUCAACGGCGGCACUAGCGAGCCUGGCGAGGUCGUCAGUGCCGUCAACCAAGCUCGGUCCAUCCUCCGCGGACAGGGCUACAAAGGCCCCGUCGUCACAGUUGAUACCUUCUCUGUCCUUCUUGAUCAUCCGGAAUUAUGUACUGCAUCUGACUACUGUGCUGCAAACUGCCAUGCGUUCUUCGAUGCAACCCAGCACCCCGGUGGCGCCGGCGCCUACGCCCUCGAACAGGCGCGGAGUAUCUCAGCCGCCGCUAAUGGGAAACAUACCAUGAUCACGGAGUCUGGAUGGCCACAUGCUGGAGACGCAAAUGGGGUUGCGAUCCCAUCACCGCAUAACCAGCAAGCUGCACUCGACAGCCUGCGGAAGAGCUUUGACAACCGCCGGGGGGAUUUGGUGCUCUUUACUGCUUUUGAUGACUUGUGGAAGGAUGAUAAUAGUUAUACCUUUGGCGCGGAGAAGUUCUGGGGUAUUCAUGGGGGGCUCUAG